AUGGCUUUUGUCUCUGGUGGUUUUGGGCGCAGCCCCUCUGGGCGACGAAAGGCCACUCGACUCGGUGCCAGACUCGUUCCUCGUGUCCAGGGCGAAUGGCCUGGAAAUCUGGACAAGGUAGUGGACAUAUUCAUGAGGUUGGAGAACGAAUACCUUGGACAACCUGCGCUGGACGAGAUGAAGGAACUUGGGCCGACUUUGAAUUUUCGGUUCUUUUGGGAGGACGAUAUCAUGACCUCGGAGCCCCAACACCUAAAGACCAUGCUCGUAACUGAUCAUCAGAACUACGUCAAAGGUGUAAAGUUUGGAAAGGCAGUUGACUCGGUUCUUGGAACGGGUGUAUUUAACUCGGAUGGUGAAACAUGGAAGCUUCACCGAACUAUGACACGGCCUUUCUUCAAUCAUGAUCGGAUGAGUCAUUUUGAGAUCUUUGACCGUCAUGUGAAUCGUACUAUCGCUUUGGCGAAGGAACGUUUCAAGAUGGACUUGGCGAUCGACUUCCAAGUAGGGCUUCAACUCGGCAUUUUGACAUCUUUGUUGAAGAACUGCCCACAGGAUCUCAUCUCCAGAUUUACACUUGAUUCUGCAUCGGAGUUCCUGUUUGGACAUUGCACUGAUUCACUUUCCGCCGAACUUCCUUUCCCCCGUAACACAGGAGAAUCCACAGAUACCAUUCAAAGAGACAUUAUAGCAGCCUUCUCAGAUGUUUUCUCUCAAGCUCAACAUGCAAUCAGUCGUCGUCUUAUACUUGGGUCGACGUGGCCAAUGACUGAGAUUCUUGCUGACAGCACCGCGCAAGAUAUGAAGGUGGUCAGCGAAUUUUUGGAUCCGAUUUUCGAAGCCGCUCUGAGGAGGCAUAGCACGGCUGCCAAAUCAGAUGAAAACAACACUGCGGGCAACGAAACGCUUGUGGAUCAUCUGGUAAAACUGACAUCGGACUUCAAAGUCAUCAAGGACGAGACGUUGAACAUAUUACUAGCAGGAAGAGAUUCGAGUCAUCCUGGUUGGUAA